GAAAUACUACCAAACACCAGCUCUCCCCAACAUCAAGUGGAAUUGUGGCAUCCAUCUUGCUACCAAAACUUAUAUUUACACUGAGAAUUUUUAAGGUUUAAUUAAUAUAGGAUUAAAUGAGAUUAUGUGUGUAAAGGCCCAAGGAGAAACAAAGGCAAGCAAUAAGAGUUAACUAUUAAUAAAGGAAAUAAUUUUUUAAAACCAUAACCUUUUCCACAUUUGCAUUUCGUCUUUGGAACUCUUCAGGCACAUAUAAACUGAUAACAAUGUUGGCAGGCAAUGACCAAUGACAUAGUUGUAAUUGGACCUUAAGUCCUGGGGACUUUUUAAAGGCACACUAUUUUACGUAUAUAUGUUAGCUUUCAGCUUUUGCUCUAUGAAUUCCUGGAUAGAAAUUUAAGAUGAAUUUCUUUUAUAUCGUUCCAGGUGAUAAAGUCAUCCCACUCUUUAGUCCCCAGUGUGGAAAAUGUAGAAUUUGUAAACACCCAGAAAGCAACUUGUGUUUGAAAAAUGAUCUAGGCAAGCCUCGUGGAACCAUGCAGGAUGGCACCACCAGGUUCACCUGCAGAGGGAAGCCUGCCCACCACUUCGUGGGUGUCAGCACCUUCUCUCAGUACACAGUGGUGGAUGAGAAUGCGGUGGCCAAAAUUGAUGCAGCCUCACCGCUGGAGAAAGUCUGCCUCAUCGGCUGUGGAUUUUCAACUGGUUAUGGGUCUGCCGUCAAAGUUGCCAAGGUAGGAAUGACAAUGGGCCAUAGAAUCAGUUCCACUCAGACUGUCCAGAAACAUAACGGGAAGCAAUUGCUAACAAGACUCAGGGAUGAUACUUCAUAG